AUGUUGAUCAAGGUAAGGCUGUUUUGUUUUGUAAAGAAAGUUCUUGCCGGUUUUGGUUUUGUAAAGAAAGUUAUUGCCAUUUUUUGUUCUGUAAAGAAAGUUGUUGCCAUUUUAUGCAUUUUAAAGAAAGUUGUUACCAUUUUAUGCAUUUUAAAGAAAGUUGUUACCAUGUUUACCAAAAACUUGAGUUUUUAAGGUUUGCAGUCUGCAGAAGACAAGUUAUACGAUAAAACGUGUUUUCCAAAUCUAAAAUUUUAGGAAUACCGUAUUCCGAUGCCAUUGAGCGUGGACGAAUAUCAACGAGGACAACUGUAUUCCGUGUCAGAAGCCAGUAAAAACGAGACCGGAGGUGGCGAAGGUGUUCAGGUAAGUAUAUUAACCUAAAGCUCAGAUUUUUAGGUUGUUAAACAAGAAGCCUUCAACAGUGACAAAGUGAAGCCGGGAACCAAGCUGAGCGGUAUGUAUACCUACAAGAUCUACGGCCUCAAGUCCAAAAUGCCGUGGAUUUUUCGAAAACUUUUGCCAGAAGAAGCCAUGGAACUACACGAGGAGAGUUGGAACGCUCAUCCCUACUGUAAAACUGUGGUUACGGUAAGUGGUACUGAAAUUUGGAAAAAUGGGGAGGGCAGAGUAAGUAGAGUAGGGUAGAGGAGUAAAAGCCAAAAUAAGAAAAGCCCAGGCAAGGGCAAGAAAGGGCAAGCCAAGGCAUGGCAAGUCAAAAGCAAGGCAGGGUAAGUAAGCUUGUUUAUUAUAUGUUUUUCAGAAUCCCGGCUACAUGAAAGGCAACUUCCAAGUGAUAAUCGAAAGCGUGCAUUUGGCUGACAAUGGAUCUACUGAAAACGUAAUUUUAAAUCUUUUAAUUAAAGUUUUAAUUCAAAAACUUGUUCUUUUAUUGAAAUUAAGGGGCUUUCCAGUAUGAUACUAUAAAAAAGUAGGAUGUUAUAAUAGGAAGAUAUGAUUUUUUGUUUUAAGACUGAUUUUUCAGGCUUUGGGAAUGGAUAAAUCCGAACUAAAGAAACGUGAAGUGGUAAUGCUCGACAUUUACAGUGAAGAACAUCUAAUGCCAAAGGUAAGUAACUUCUAAUAUAUUUCAUAUCUUUACAAUUUCAGGACACCACCGAGACCACCGACCCGCGAACCUUCAAAUCGAAGAAAACCGGCCGAGGCCCAUUGGCCGAAGGCUGGCAAGAAGGCCACAAACCGCUGAUGUGCUGCUACAAACUGUGCCGUGUCAACUUCAAAUGGUUUGGGCUGCAAACGAAAGUAGAGAAGUCGAUUCACAAAAAUUACCCACGCCUCUUCGUCAAAUUUCAUCGCGACAUUUUCAUUUGGAUCGACGAUUGGUACGAGCUGACAUUGGAACAGAUCCGAAAGAUCGAACUGGAAACUGCCGAGCAGCUCAAGAAGCAGAUCAAGGAGGGCGAGGUGCGCGGAAUGCGCGGGGGAUCGGCCGAAGAGCGGAGUGUUAUGAAGUAG